AAAUAAGUUUGGAAUCACUUGGAAUUUUUCGUUUCGUCAGAUCUUACUGUGUAAAGUGUGUAACGUUCAACAGUUACAAAAACUACAAAAAUGUUUUUCCGAAGACUACUUUCGACUCUAAGUAUUUGCUUAUUGGUAAACAAGUUGGAAGCUCGUUCCGACGUCAUACAAUGGAUUGAGUCGGAUAGAAUAACCAACUGGGGUGAUUGGGGUGGAGCCGACUAUUGUCCAGAAGGAAGUUAUGUUACUGGUUUCGACUUAAAGAUCGAAGGAAGCCAAGGAGGCGGUGAUGACACAGCACUGAAUUCUAUAAAGCUUGUCUGCACUAGUUUGAAAGGAGUCUAUCAGAAAGACAUUGUGAGUAGUGAAGGUGUUUGGGGCGAUUAUCGAGGACGUAAAUAUUGUCCUAAUGGACUUGGGAAUGGUUUUGAACUUCGAUCGGAAUCUAGUCAGGGUGGUCGUCGAGAUGAUACAGCUGCUGUGGAUUUUAAUUUAAUCUGUGCUAACAAUGAUGGUACUAGUGCGAAUAUCAGAGGAGGAGAGAUUCUAACUUUUGGUGAAUGGAGAACAACGAACAGAAUGUGUCCACCCGAGACAGCCAUUUGCGGAAUUCGUACUCAGGUUGAACCUCCCCAAGGUGGUAGACGUGAUGACACUGCAUUGAAUAAUGUUGAUCUGGCUUGUUGUCGCGUACCACAUCCCGCAAAUGCAUGUGAAUUGCAGCGAGGCCAUUGGGAAACUGUUAUCGGAUGCCAUCAAGGAAUUUCACAAUGCAAUGUAAAAUUCAAAAGUGGACUCACAACAUCUUCGCAAACGACAAACACCUUAUCGGAAUCUAUAAAGUUAGCUGAGAAAUUGGGAUUUAGUGUAAGCGCUGAGGCAUCAAUUGGUAUCUUAAAGGCUCGACUCGAAACGAACGGCGAAAUUUCGAAAGAAAAAUUUAAUGAGAAAACUUUGCAGACCAUCAUUAGUCAAACGGAUACUUUCGAAAUGGAAUGGUCGUUUCAAAUAAGUUGUGUCGGCACAGCACAGGAGCUGGUUUUGGUUUGUGGUCCGUUUAAGGUUAAAACGAAAGAGUAUCGCUGUGUGUCGGACUAAAGACAAACAUUUCAGUUGAGAAGUGGCGAAAAUGGAUUGGAUAAACUUUUUCUUUUUAUUAAAUUUUGUUAGUGUUAUGUAGCAUAAAGUCGUUGAUGAAGAAUAAACACCC